AUGCUGCUGCGCGCGUCCCAGCCGGGCCACCCGAACGUGGAGCAGCUGACCUAUUGCGUCGUGCUCGAGUACUGCGACGGCGGCGACCUGCACCAGGCGCUACAGCGGCCCACGCCGCCCGGCUUCUUCCUCCGCGUCGCCGGUGGCGUGGCGACUGGGCUCGCCUUCCUGCACGGCCGCGGGAUCAUGCACCGCGACCUCAAGUCGCCGAACGUUGUGAUGCGCGAGGCGUACUCGGAGAGCGCCGACGUGUUUAGCCUCGCCAUGAUCCUCUUCGAGCUCAUCACGCACACCGUCCCCUUCUCCGACCGCUCGGCGCUGCAGGCUGCCGUGAGGCUGCUCAUCGAGGCGUGCUGGGCGGACGACGGCCGCGCGCGCCCGAGGGCGUCGCACGUCGCGGAGCACGUCGGCUCCAUCGAGCUCGCGCUGACUCCGGCGCAGCGCCAGGAGCUCGGCGCGGUGUCCGAGUCGCCAGAGCUGCGGUGA